CUCAUUUUUAAAUAAUGUGGUUAAGUACACAAGAGCUUAUGCGCUGCACUGAUAGACCACUGCAGUCAACGGUUGACGGUAAAGAAGAUAUCAGGAAAGUCGUGAGGAGGUAGAAAGUCAUCUGACAAAGAAAACAUAUUUUUAAAAUAAAUUUGGGAAACUGUUUUGUGAGGAGAGGAGUGCAAAGGUCUGAUAUCUCUAAGAAGUAUUAUUUUGAAUUCAAGGGAGUCAAUGGACCUUGUGUGGUACAUAAUUCUUGGUACCUGUGCCAUGAAUGCUCUUGUUUUUUCUUGUCCAGAUCACUGCCAGUGUGAGGAGGUCAGCAUCUUUUGCGAAGGCUUUAUAAUAAAAGAAUUCCCAGUUUCCAUCCCCCAAACCACCAUUUACAUCAAAUUGUCCAACACCAGCAUACCCUUAUUAAAAGCAGAUGAUUUUAAGACCUUCACAGAGACACUCACUGUGUUUGUAGCAAUGGAUUCAAAAAUUGCUGUGGUGCAACCUCAUACUUUUGACCAGACGCAGAAACUUGUUACCUUACGUUUCAAUGGGACAGAGCUAACCUCUCUACCAGAGGAUCUAUUUCAGAAUCUGAAGAACUUGACUACUCUACAACUAAGUAACAGCAAACUAGAUGUUCUCCCACCAUCUCUUCUCAAGCCUCUAAGAGCUUUGAAAAUGUUAGACCUUAGCAAAAACAUUCUAACUUCUCUGCCAGAAGAUAUAUUUCAGGGUUUAGAACAGCUGCAAGAGCUCGUGUUGCAGAGAAACUUCAUCAGAAAGCUUAAUGGCAGGACUUUUCAAGGACUAAGUAAGCUCAAAACCCUGCUCCUUCAGCAAAAUGAUCUACAGGAGAUACCAGCAGGCAUCUUUGAUGACCUGGUGAACCUUGAGUUAUUGCAUCUCCGGGAAAACAAACUCACACAUCUACCAGCCAAUAUUUUCUCAGAGCUGCAGAAGUUGAAUAAACUCUUCCUCUCCAACAAUAGGUUAUCAGUUCUUUCCAAUGCAAUAUUUAUGAAUCUUCCCAGUCUUACUCAAAUCACCCUUUUCGAGAACCAACUCAGGAGAUUGUUGCCUGGGACUUUUGGUCCAAUGCCCAUCCAACAGCUCUGGCUAUAUGACAACAUGUUAACCCACCUUGAGGAGAAUGUGUUCAGCAACUUAACUGAGGUUCGCCUUUUGGUGCUUAGUAGGAACCAGAUUCAGCACAUAACUCCUGGUGCUUUCAAUGGUUUGAUGCAGUUAGUGGAGGUCUCACUACACACUAAUCGUUUAACCAGUAUUGAGGGGGGGAUUUUUAAAGGCCUUUCCAAGUUAAAGAAAAUAUCCUUGAAGCACAAUCAAAUAGAUUACAUUCCCAUAAAACUAUUGGAUGGCGUAUCCCAUUUACAUAACCUGGAGCUUCAAAACAAUUUGCUACCAAACUUGCCAAAAGAAUUUCUAAACUCUUUGUUGAUGGUUGAUAACAUUAAUAUUUUACAAAAUCCCUGGAUGUGCAAUCAUGACAUAAUACCUUUUCGGGAUUGGCUAGAACAGUAUCCAGAGAAAGUGAAUAACCUCACUUCAGUUGUGUGUGAUAGUCCUCAACACCUAAUUGGAAGAAACAUAAGAGAGCUGAAGGAGGGUGACAUCAUUGUCACCCAACCACCAACUGUGACAGCUGUUGAUAUUUCAUCAAACAGUACACAAGUUGAAAUUAAACCUACAGAUGAAAGACAUUUACUUCACUCUCCCACAGCCAAAAGGACCACCCCUGCUCCAUUACCAUACACCACAACACUACCAGAAGAGAUAAAGUAUACAAGUGGAGGUGAGACUGAUGGUCAGAGUGUGUCCAAAGACAAACUUAUUAUCAUUGUAGCCAUUGUCUGCACUGCUGUCAUUGUCAGUCUCACUGCCUGUGUUUUAUGGCGGAGGAACAAGCGGGGCAGUCAAAACCUGGGUCGUCAAAGAAAGACAAACUCAGUUAUCUACUGCAUCUGUGAACCCGUCCUCCCCACAACCUUCACGGCUCGCAGACUGGUACCUCGGCUCAGGGCGCAGCUCCUAGCCAUCGUGGAGGGCACCUUUUACUGCCUGGAACCGACACUUCUGCUCAUACCCUGGACAGUGGUGCGGCCCACGGUAGCAAACCGCAUUGGUAGUUCAGCUAAAGCAGAGAUGAGCAGGUACAUGCAUUCAAAAAGUGCACUUGCAUUAAUUUGCAUUCUUGCGAACUUGCACUUGAGUGGCACUCAAGGUAUCUGUAAACCAGGUGAUGACUGUAAAAAUAAAGAUGUCUAUGACAACACCAUGACAGCAAUUCCUGAAAAACUGAAAGAAGGAGCCAAUGAAAUAUACUUCGUUAACAGCCAGAUCCCUGUCAUAACCAAAGGAGCUUUCGCAAAAAACCCUCAAGUAACAAAAAUCGAAUUUAUCGGAACUUCAACACAGUCUGUGGAGGUCGGAGCCUUUGAGGGUUUACCUGAUAUCUCAGCCAUUGAGAUAUCUAGCACCCAAGUGACAGCAUUACCUGUAGGUGUUUUUAAGGAUCUCAUCAACCUUGAAAGACUAGUUUUAAAAAGUAACAAACUCCAGAGCCUUGAAAAUGGAUUAUUUGAUGAUUUAAAAAAGCUUCAAGAACUGAGUCUACAUACAAAUGAGAUAAGCUCCAUUGAGGAGGGAACAUUUGAUAAUUUAGAGAAUCUGUUGUCUCUUCAUCUAGCAAAAAACAGAUUUAGUUCUCUAUCAAAGUCUCUUUUUGCAAAACUCAAGAAACUGCGUAUUUUCAGGCUGUAUGAAAACCAGCUGAAUGUUUUGCCAGAUGGGAUUUUUGAUAAUCUUCCUGAUCUGACAGAAAUUAAUGUUCAAGGCAACAAAAUCUCAACUAUACAACCAAAUUUGUUUCCACACAAAACUAAAUUAUCAAAACUGUAUUUGGAUAAUAAUCUUUUAAUGGAAAUACCCAAAGAUCUGUUUGUUGGCUUUUCUGCAUUAAAGACUCUAACACUACACAAUAAUCAACUCACCAGUCUUCCCGCAAUCCUUUUUGGAGAAUUGCUGAAAAUGACGGAAUUGAGCCUGAGCCACAAUAAUCUUACAUACUUACCAUCUGGAGUUUUCAGCCCUCUCAAGAAGCUCAAGAAGUUAGACCUCUCCUCAAACCAAUUUUCAACUUUAUCUGGAGACUUUUUUGUAGGUCCUGAGAAACUGACUGAACUUAAUCUUCAGAAUAACUUGAUAGAAUCACUCAAAUCAGAGGACUUUGAAAAACUUCAGUCUCUUUCAACGCUCAAACUGGCAAAUAAUAGAAUGAGAAGCCUUCCUGGAGAUGUUUUUGACUCUCUUCCAAAACUCAGCAAAUUGUACCUGAACAAUAACCCAUGGCACUGUGACUGUAACCUGUUGCCAUUUUUGGAAUGGAUGAAGAACAAUAAGGAAAAGAUUAAGUCAAAGCCUGAUGAAGUUUGUGAAUCACCCAAAGAUCUGCUAAAUCAACCCAUUUCCUCCUUGACAGAACAACAACUUGUAUGUCCCACAACUUUACCAACUACGACCCACACAAGUACCACUCCAGUGACUACACUGCACACCAAAAUGCUGGCACCUGCCAUCACUACUGCAUUACAGACAACAAUUACACCUGCUCCAACUACAAUUAUCACAACAAUAACCCUAACAACUCAAAUAAUGACAACAGUUCCACUUACUACAACACCACCACAGACUACCACAGAACUCACAACUUUGCAACUAACCAAAACCCCACUGCCUCCUACCACUGCUACAACUCAAGAUCUGAUGACUACAUCAGUCCCCACCACUACAUCCACAACAACAUUAAAAUUAACAACUGUGCCACUGAUGACUACAUUGGUCCCCACCACUACAUCCACAACCACAUUACAAUUAAAAACUGUACCUCUGACAACUACACCAUUCCCCACCACUACAUCCACAACCACAUUACAAUUAACAACUGCACAUCUGACAACUACAUCAGUACUUCCCACCACAUCAACAACCACAUUAAAAUUAACUACCGUUCCUCUGACGACUACUUUAAUUCCCACCACAUCAACACCCACCAAACAAACAACAAUUGCCUUGACUUCAGCAACUACAAUGUUAUUAAUCCCCACCACCCUUCCCAUCCCCACCACAAAGAGAACGACACAUUUUCCCACCACACAAAGUAGUUUCACCUACACUGGAUCCUCUCAUACAUCUCUCUCAAGGGCUGCUCCCACCCAAAUGUUGUCAUCAUGCAAGGCACUGAUGAUAUAUUACACUGCAAUGCUAGUGGUGGAAAUCUGCUGUACUAUGGUGCUUGCCAAAUACACAUAUUCACUAUAUUGUUCUCUCCAGCAAAGGGAGAGACUGUACAACCAGGUCAACCUGACCCAUUUCUCCUAUAUUAAGUCCAUUGUUCUGAGACCAGUUGAUGAAACAGAGACUGUAGCUCUGUGAGAAGUUUUUUUUUUUUUAAACUGGAAAUUUUGUUGUAUGGGAAAACAGAAAAGAUUAACAACAGGGCAAGUCAUGAAUCUAGUCAAUGGUUCAUCCCCUGCCAGUGUUUCCACAUGACUGUAUAUUUGUCUCUUCUAUACUGGACUACAACAAUGCUUUAUCAACUGGCUUUCCAGCUAGCAGGAUUAAGUCACCAUAUCCAGAAUGCUUCAACAUACCUUGUUUCUAACCAAACUAAGAGGGCCCACUUAUCAUGCCUUUGAUCUUCCUCCAAGGGGUACUGUUCCUCAGAAUAGUGAAUGAGUUUCUGAACUCUGUCUGAUCAGCUGAGUCCAUCAAUGAAGUUGAAGACUCUUAACAAUUUUUUUUCUUCUUUUUUUCCAGUGGAGGGACUUGACACUUUUUUUUUUUUUUUGCUAAGUUGAAGUCUCUACAGCACAGAAGUUCAUGCUUGAUAAGACUGUCCUCAAGUGUGCACCUUACUACUUGUAUAAGCAUCAAAUAAAGUUACACUGUGUUAUGAUGGCACUAUGUUAUAGUGGUUGUCUAGCAGUGCUGGAAUCUGAUUACUGUAAACAAGUUACUUUUUAGUCAAAACAUUUUAAAUUUGUUUAAUCAGUUUAGAGUUAUUGACUUUCAAUGAAAUUAAUUACUUUCAAUCACAUUUUUGGGGUUAAACAUAUUUCUAAAAUAAUAUUAUUUAUAUAGAAUACAUUUAAAACAUGAAUUAUGUUCAUAUGCACUAUGUCUGUUUGCGUUUCUGUGACAGCAAAAGAGUCAUUAACAAGUCAUUUUAAGCAUGAAUCGUGUGGUGCUGAAUGUAUGACUUGAGUGCAAAAAUGAACAAGCUGGAAAUAUAGACAAUAGCCACUUUCACACAUGAAACCUGGUAAACUGCUGUAAAUUGUUAGAUCACCUGAUAAUGAUUACUGGUUAAUGUACCACAUCUGCAAUUCACACAUGCACUGGCUUUCUGCCUUUUGUCCAUUUUGCUAGC